ACGUUCCGGAGCGGAAGAAAACGCGCGGUGCUCAUGGCCGGAAAAACACGUUCCUGUUGGCGGUUUGUGAACGCGAUUUGCGUGACAGUGGCUCUGAUGACAGUCGCAGUCCGCCCCGAUUACAUAGAAAAUCCCAAGUUUAGUGCUCCAAUCACGAACGUAACAGUACCAGUUGGACGGGAAGCAAUAUUGGAAUGCCUAGUGGAAGAUUUGGGGGCAUUUAAGGUGGCCUGGCUUAGGGUUGACACGCAGACUAUUUUAACGAUUCACAAUCACGUGAUUACGAAGAACCACAGGAUAGGUGUGACCCACAGCGAACACAAGACAUGGUACCUGCACAUUAAAGAAAUUAAAGCGACGGACCGAGGUUGGUACAUGUGCCAAAUCAAUACCGAUCCGAUGAAAAGUCAAGUAGGAUACCUCGAUGUAGUAGUUCCACCUGACAUCCUGGACUACGCUACUAGUAAUGACGUUAUCGUUCACGAAGGAUCAAACGUAAAUCUGAGAUGUAUCGCCAAGGGGUCUCCCGAACCUUCUAUCGCGUGGAAGCGAGAAACUGGAGAACUCAUCAAACUAUCCUCCGGGGAAGAAGUCGCGAGCGCCGAAGGAACGAUGCUAAACCUGACGCGGGUGAGCAGACAGCAAAUGGGCCCCUAUCUGUGCAUAGCCUCAAACGGCGUCCCACCCUCCGUCAGUAAGCGCAUUAUGCUGAUCGUGCACUUUCCCCCGAUGAUAUGGAUCCAGAAUCAACUAGUGGGAGCUUACGAGGGCCAACAAAUUACUCUCGAAUGUCAUUCGGAGGCUUUCCCGAAAUCCAUUAACUAUUGGACCCGGGAGACUGGAGAAAUCCUCUCGCAAAACGGGAAAUUCGAAGCGACUUACCAAACCAGCAGCUAUAAAAUUCAGACGAGCUUAUUAAUACGUAAAGUGGAGCAGUCCGACUACGGGAAUUACAGGUGUGUGGCGAAAAAUUCGCUGGGCGAGACUGACGGGACCAUUCAGCUGUUCGCUGUCCCAAAGCCUUCAGAGCUGUCCAAUAGCAUAUCAAAAGGUAUCCAAAAUCGAGCAGGCUCGCUGCUCCAGUCUGGCACGGAUCUUCAAAAUUCUGGAGGAGCCAUAAAACAAAUCGGCGUGGCAUUCCUGCUUGCCGCCGCGACGUCGGCCGCCCUUCCUGUGACAUAAUGGAAUCAACCCCCGAUGCACAUUCGGCUGCGGACAAUAAAACCCUCGCCGUCAAAAUAUUUUUAUACGCUUCUCGGCUACAAGUGGUUUGGAGACGACGUGCUUUUGUGUGCGUGCCGUGCCGUUUCGGGAUGAAAAUGUCUGUUUCGAGGGGGUAUUGCGCGAAGAGUCUCAUUUCGUGUAUCCUUUAUUGUGUAAAUACACGUUUUUUUUUGUAAAGGCGUUGUGUUUGAGGAUGAACCAAUUCGAUGUAGGGAAUAAAAUUGUAAAUAAAUUGGU